UUAGGUGACGACCGCGAGUAAACUCGAGAGUUGCUGCUUGCUUACUUUAGCGAGCGAUGUGACUUUAUAAUAGAUAAGUUGAUAUUGCUUAUAUGGCAUUUCUUUCUGCUUUAUGUAGAUUAAAGUAUUAACGAUGAGUUGCGGCAAGAUUAUCGUAAUUUUGACCGCAUUCUUUGUUACUCUUUAUGGUUUCACUGUUGAAAAAGGACAAUUUUCUGGACAAAAAGAAGCUUUUUUGGAACUACAAAAUGAAUUUACGACGUUUCUAAAGAAAUUUAACGCUUCAAAACUUCACAAACAAGAAAUAUUCGAAACAUGGGGAAACGUUUCUCAUCUUUUUGAAGAAAUAUUGUCACAAUUUGGACAAAAUUAUCAACAUAUUGGGAAAUUACCUCCUGACCCAGAUGCAAAGAGAAAUGCAACAGAACUGAUUCGAAAUAAAGGACUAGAAGCAGAUGAGCAUUACGUAACAACUGCAGACGGAUUUAUACUUCUUGUAAUCAGGGUCAGAUCGCCAAGAAUCAAACCACACCCAGACAAGCUGCCAGUAUUUUUACUUCAUGGUCUGUUGAGUUCAUGUGAUUGUUACAUCAACAAUUUACGAAAUGAAAGUCUUGCGUUCAUUCUCGCUGACAUGGGAUAUGAUGUUUGGUUGGGAAAUAUCAGAGGCAACAGAUAUACAACAAGGCAUCAACAUUUGCAUCCAAAUGAUAAAGAGUUUUGGAAAUGGAGUUUUGAUGAGAUGGGGCAGUAUGAUGUUCCUGUUAUGGUGGAUUUUGUUUUAUCCCAAACUGGGCAUAAGAAAUUGGACUUCAUCGGUCAUUCUGAAGGCUGCACAAAUCUCAUCACAUCAGUUGUAUCUCAAGGUCGACCAAUGUCAGACAGAGUAAACAAAUUCAUUGCUUUGGCUCCGGCUGCUUAUGUCUCUCAUUCUAAAGGUUUAUUGAAAGCUUUGGCAAAGUUUGCAAAGAUAAUACAAAAAGUCUGGAAUUGUUUUGGUGAAGGAGAUGUGUUUGCACAUAAUGGCUACGUUGCAGAUUUUGCGGAGAAAUAUUGUUAUGAUAUUCCACAUACAUGCUCUAUAAUACUGCAUGCAAUGGUGGGAACCGGACUAAGCCAUUAUAAUACGUCUCGUACACCCAUGUAUCUCUCCCAUGCUCCGGCUGGGACCUCAACUCAGAACAUGGUUCACUGGUCGCAACAAUGCGAGGGUGGAAAUCAACUUAUUUAUUAUGAUUAUGGAAGCAGAUGGAAAAACUAUCAACAUUAUAAAAAGUUUAAGCCUCCAGCGUAUGAUUUGUCGAAGUUCACUGUUCCUACAUAUGUCUUUCUCGGAGAUUUAGAUUGGCUUGUGGCUCCACCUGAUGGACGAGCUGUCGUAAAAGAUCUUCCGAAUGUAAAAUGGACAAAAAUCUUUCCUGAUUUUAAUCAUAUAGACUUUGUUUGGGGAUAUAAUAUUGCGAACACUGUAAAUAGAGAUAUAUUGAAUAUCUUAGAUACCAAGUAGACAGUAUUACAGAAACAUGUAUAAGAUAGGAUUUACAUAUUUAUCCUGCGGCAGAAGAAAGUCGAUAAAUCGGCUUCACCAUAUGGCGAACCACGGCCUCUCGUUCGGUUACCAGUCCAUGUCGGGUAUGGGAUUAGUUAGCCAGUCAUUUGUUUCAGAUGCAAGGACUUGAUGGUGGAGGAAGCACAAUGCGCCACCCACGCCACUGAGCUGUCUGAAAAGGUAUCUUAGAUGAGAAAUAGUUCAGGCCAUAUUAGGAAGAACGUCUGUGGGGUAGCCGUUUAUAUAA